UCUCGCUCAUCUUAGUCUAUUUAUUGCCGAUUCCCGACCAGGGAAUUGUAGAUUGUAGUUGUAACGGUGGUUCGGAGGACUUAAGAUUAGACACACAUACAGCAAGAUUUGCGUUGUAGUGUCACUAACUCGAACGACAGUAAAAUUUUGCACAUAAUAUUUUACAUAUUGGCUCCUACGCUUAUUUGAUGAAUUUAUGUUUGCGACUAUAUGACUGUAGUAUAUGUGUACCAUAUUUAUAUAGAUGUUUACAAAUACCUUAGGAAGCACUGAUUCACCGUCCUUUGAAUUGUCAAGGGAGAAUUGUUGCGAGACAAGAGGGAGAGAAGCUUCUUCGACAACUGGCCGUUUAACAAGUAACAUUGCCUCCAAUUUUGCAUCAACAAUAUCUGGCCCUGUCAUUGGGAAAAAAUAUGACCAACCCCAUCAAUAUAUUGAGAGAUAAGUUUGCCUCCGAUUUAGAGGAGUUACUGCAGUGUCCUGUUUGUUGCGAAACGUUAUCAACUACGGUUCCCACAUGUGUUCAGGGACAUCAUGUGUGUUUAAAAUGCCAGCCUCAGUUGAGCGUGUGUCCUUAUUGUAAGGGUGAUUUUAAUGGAACAAGAAAUUAUUUAGCAGAAAGCUUGCUAACCAAGUUCGAGGAGAUAAAGUCCUCGCUUAUCAAUCCAAAGACUAAUGCCAGUCGUACUGACAUGAUAUGUGUUGAAACACAAACUGAUUGGGGCAAUGAUAUCAGUGGUAGUACACCUCUCAUCAAAACAGAUCUUAAUCAAAAUGUCCAGAAAAAGUCAAAAGUCGUUACCGCGGUGGGAAAAGGGCGAUAUCCCUGUAAAUUUGAAAACUGUAACACGGAAUUGGGACAUGGCCGUAUGAUACCACAUUUCAGAUAUUAUCAUAAAGAAAAUUUGAUCGAGGAAAAAUUAGUGGACUUUGGAAAGUAUGUCAUGGAAUGGGAACAUAAUUGUUUAGAUAAGAAAUAUGAACGUGUUAUCAGUAUUCCCGAUAUGGGACUGUUUUAUCUUUACAUAGCCAUUAAUGAAGCAGGUGACUUGCAGGGAAAUCUGCAGAUAAUAAACAGUGCUCUUGUAGCAAAGCAGUUUAACUACUCAUUACUUUUGGGUAACCAAAAUACCAGUAUGAGUUACAACGGACAAGUUACUUCUUGCAGAACGACCUUAGAAAAAAUAAAAACCAAAAGUCUUUUUGUAAAUAGUUUGUGUAUGUCACAGCUCAUGGGAGAAAAACAAACCGUAAACUGCAGUCUGGUGGUGCAAAAAGUUGUUGACGACUUGACCAAAAUGAAAAAGUGAAGUGAAAAGUUUUUGUUUUGUAUUUUUCAAUGUAAUUAAGUUUUAUUACAUAAUUUACUCAUUUGACAAAUCAUUUGACUCUUUGACUGUAGUUAGUAGUCAAUGUUAUAAGUGUUCACGCGUAAUACUUGAAUAGUGUAAUAAAGACUGUUUAUGCCUGUGAUUUUCCAGUUAUUGAUGGCAAAAAUCGAGACUAUUCUACAUUGAAGACGUGUGAAAUUAAUCAUGAAAGUUAUAAUAAUUUAUAAGGUUGACUGUCAUCUGUAGUGAAAUAGUAAUUUGUUGAUCAAUCUGUUCAUCUGAAGUUUGUAAAAAAUUUUUUGAGCAGACUAAAAAAAAAAUCAGUGGUUCAUAAGAUGCUUGUUAAA